UGCAAUUUGCAUGACCAACCCACUUAACAUUUUGUUUUUAUGAAUGAACUCGCCUUUAUAAAAAACCUUACAAACCUCUCCCACAAGAACUUCACAUCUAGAAGAGUUCGCCAUUUUUUCAGUUUCGAAUAGUAUUACUCCCAACUAUUUCAAGCACAAAUGGCAUUGAUAGGAGAAGCACCGGGUUACCUCAAAGUAUACUCUGAUGGAACGGUUCGUCGCUUGAUCCCUGAUGUUGUUGCAUCAAUGGCUACCCAAUCAUCUAAGAAUUUCAAGUUCAAGGACGUCGUUAUCGACCCGAGAAAGGCAGUUACUGGAAGGUUGUUUCUUCCUGAUGCUGCUGCUGAUGCUGCAGGAAGACUUCCUGUGGUAGUUUACUUUCAUGGUGGUGGCUUUUGCAUUGGCUCAACUACUUGGAUUGGCUAUCAUCACUUUCUUGGAGACUUGGCUGCUGCAUCUCAGUCUGUUAUCCUGUCCGUCGACUAUCGGCUGGCACCGGAGAAUCGGCUUCCUGCAGCUUAUGAAGAUUGCUACAGCGCACUUGAAUGGCUCGGUCAUCAAGCGAGUUCUGAGCCAUGGUUGCAGCAAGCUGAUCUUUCCCACGUCUUCCUUUCCGGGGACAGUGCUGGCGGGAACAUUGUCCACAAUGUUGCAAUCAAAACCAUCAAGAGCAACAUUUCCAACAUGACCAUCAAAGGAUUGCUGCUAAUCCAUCCUUAUUUUGGGAGUGAAGAGAGAACUGAGAAAGAGAAAGCUGAAGGGGCAGAAGGACAUGUCGAAAUGAACGAUAUGUUCUGGCGAUUGAGCAUACCAGAAGGCAGAAACCGCGAUUACUUCGGAUGUAACUUCGAGAAUGCACAAGUGACUGAAGAAGAAUGGAGUCAGUUUCCUGGUGUGGCGGUUUUUGUGGCUGGCUUGGAUUUUUUGAAGGAAAGGGGAGUAUUGUAUGCAAAAUUUUUGCAGCAAAUGAAAGUAAAGGAGGUUAAGUUGCUGGAAGCUGCAGACGAGUCGCAUGUAUUUCACGUAUUCCAUCCUGAAUCCGAGGCUACCCGCUUGCUUCAAAAGCAGAUGAGUCAAUUCAUGAAGAGCUAUUAGCAUCCAAGAUGUAGGACAGAGCAUGCUUGCAGAAAAUAUGGAAAGCUAAUGUUCAACAUUGUAACUUGUGAGGCAUUUA